AACAUAUUUAAAUAGAAACUUUUUUUUUUGUGGGUGCUUCACUGGAUCGAAGGAAAAGCAAAAGCGUCUCGGACUUCGUUACUUAAGCCGGCGAAGAUCUUCAUCGGAAACCUUAUCGGAUCGGAUCGGACGGAAGAAGGCUCGAUGAAGAGCAAAUUGAAGAGCUACAAGAGGAAGAAGCUAGGGUUAGCCACUGUUAUCGUCUUCUGUUCCCUCUGUUUCCUCGUUGGUUUCUAUGGUUCCACUCUGCUUUCUCAGAACGUGCCUCGUAUUAAACCCAGGUUGAGAAUGUUGGAGAUGGUGGAGAAUGUGGAAGACGAGGCUGGCUCGAUGCCUCAUGGUGUUACUGGAGACGAAUCUGUUGGAUCGAUUCCGUUUCAGGUACUGAGUUGGAGACCGAGGGCUAUAUAUUUUCCGAAUUUCGCAACUGCAGAACAAUGCCAAGCUAUUAUCGACAGAGCAAAGAUUAAUCUGAAACCUUCUGCUUUGGCUCUCCGGAAAGGAGAAACUGCUGAAAACACCAAGGGCACUAGAACAAGCUCAGGAACUUUUAUCAGUGCUUCAGAAGAAAGUACUGGUGCCCUGGAUUCUGUUGAAAAGAAGAUCGCAAGGGCUACGAUGAUCCCAAGGACCCAUGGAGAGUCUUUCAAUAUUCUAAGAUAUGAACUUGGCCAAAAGUAUGAUUCCCACUAUGAUGUUUUCAACCCAACUGAAUAUGGACCACAAUCAAGCCAAAGGAUUGCUUCCUUCCUGUUGUACUUAUCUGACGUAGAAGAUGGCGGUGAAACCAUGUUCCCAUUUGAGAACGGUUCGAACAUGGGCACCGGAUACGAUUACAAGCAAUGUAUUGGGUUGAAAGUAAAACCUCGGAAAGGAGAUGGUCUUCUUUUCUAUUCCGUGUUUCCAAAUGGAACGAUUGAUCAGACUUCGCUUCACGGGAGCUGCCCGGUGACCAAAGGAGAGAAAUGGGUAGCGACCAAAUGGAUCAGAGACCAAAACCAGGAAGAAUAAGUUAGGGUUUUGUUUCUCCAUAUAUGUCUUGCAGCUUUAAUCUUGAUGGAUCCCUCGUGUACAGUUAUAUUCUUAUUAUUCAAACAAAAAUAGAGUCAUUACACACAAACCCGUCUUGGGCGUGUGUAGCUAUUGAGUUUUCUUAUACAGUAUUAUAAUGUGAAUGAUUCAAAAUAUUUAUAAUGAAAAUAUGGUUGGAAAUA